AUGCCAUUAACUGACUUAUCUAAAUUAAGAGGAGUACAAUUCAGACCUUUAAGUAAAGUAGCUUUCUACGUUUUCGUAGCUAACUUCUUAAUAUUAAUGCAAAUAGGUGCAAAACACGUUGAAACACCAUUCAUUGAAUUUGGACAAAUUUCAACUGUUUUAUACUUUGCACACUUCUUUGUUAUAGUACCUGUAGUUAGUCUUAUCGAAAAUAGUUUAGUAGAGUUAGCUAUUAAAAAAUAA